UGGGCGCCUUUAGGGGAUGCCUUUGUUACCCACCGCGCACCAUGGGCAGCUCGCGGCUCCGGGUCUUUGACCCGCCUCUAGAGCGCAAGGAAUCCGCGGCGCUCGCCGACCGCGAGCUGCCCUUGCCCACCUUCGACGUGCCUUAUUUCAAAUACAUCGACGAGGAGGACGAGGACGACGAGUGGAGCAGCCGCUCCCAGUCUUCCACCGAGGAGGACUCAGUGGACUCUCUGCUCUCCGACAGAUACGUGGUGGUGUCCGGGACGCCGGAGAAGAUUUUGGAGCAUCUUUUGAAUGACUUGCACCUGGAAGAAGUCCAGGACAAAGAAACAGAGACUCUCCUUGAUGACUUCCUCCUCACGUACACCGUCUUCAUGACAACGGACGACCUGUGCCAGGCGCUGUUAAGGCACUAUUCUGCUAAGAAGUAUCAAGGCAAAGAAGACAACUCAGACGUCCCUUGUAGGAAGCGUAAAGUCCUGCAUCUUGUUUCCCAGUGGAUUGCUCUCUACAAAGACUGGUUACAUGAAGAUGAACAUUCAAAAAUGUUUUUAAAGACCAUAUACAGGAAUGUACUGGACGAUGUGUAUGAGUAUCCAAUGCUUGAAAAAGAAUUGAAAGAGUUUCAGAAGAUCCUGGGGAUGCACCGGCGUCACACUGUGGAUGAAUACUCGCCCCAAAGGAAGAAUAAAGCCCUUUUCCACCAAUUCAGUCUGAAGGAGAACUGGCUCCAGCACAGAGGCGCUGUGACGGAAACAGAGGAAAGUGAGUAUGCUUUUAAGUGA